UGGCUAAAUUUCAAGUUUGAGAAGGAGUGUGUAAGCAGAUCUAGGUAACUAACUUCAGUGCCUCUCAUGCUCCUAUCACUCUCGCCUCUCAUGGAGCAUGAGUCAAGACUGACUGUAGGGCAACUGUGCAUACGAUACUGAUACCUAAGCACACAAAAACACUGCUCCUCCCCCCCUUUUAUGCCCUCCCAUGUUCCCCCUUUACAUCUGUUUCGUACAAACCCACUGAUUUAGUCGGACUCAAACAACACUGGUGCCAAAUCUGGAGACCACCAACGGCCCCUUCAUGAGCUGCCAGUCCUUCCUCCCCGUCUUCCUUCACCGAGCCGAGGCAGAAGGCCUCACCUCAACUCCGCGGUCAGUUGACUCUCCAGAGAGGUGUGAGGAACAUGAAGUGAGCCUGUCUAUGUUCUGUUUGGAUGACCUGGAGCCUUUAUGUGAACAAUGUGCAGCUGUGAGCCACGCAGGACACAGGGUUUACCUCCUGACUGAGGCUGCAACUGACUGCAAGGAGGAGCUCAAGAUAUCACUAAAUGGACUGAAGAAGAAGAUGAUGUCCUUUGAGGAAGUCACACAGACCUGCCAACAUGCAUCCAGACAUAACCAGGCUGAGGCCAAACUCACAGAAGAGCACAUAAAAAAGGAUUUUGAGAGUCUUCACCAGUUUCUGAAAGAGGGGGAAGCAGCCAGGCUGCUUGCACUCAGGGAGGAAUGGGAGGAGAAGAAGAGAGAGGCAGAAGAAGCGAUAGACCGAAUGAAUCAGGUGAUAAAAUCUAUGGAAGAAAAGAUCCAACUGGUUGAAGAGGAGCUAGAUGCAGGUGGAGAUGGGGUUGGAUUUUUAGAGCACUACCAAGACACGAUGAGUAGCACAUGUCACAAGGAGCCACAAGUUUGCACACGUCUAAUAGAUGUAGCCAAACACCUGGGUAACCUCCAGUAUACCGAGUGGGAGAAGAUGAAACACAUCGCCCCGUACACUCCGGUGACCCUGGACCCCAGGACAGCUUGCCAGUCUCUGAGGGUGUCUCCUGGGUUAAACAGCGUCCAUAUUACCCCUGGACCCUCACAGGUGCUGGAACAGAGUCUGGAUCUUGCUGUCCCUGUCCCAGCUAUCCCAGAACGUUUCCACCCUGGGUCCCGCAUCCUUGCGAGAGAGGGUUUUGAAUCAGGACUGCACUGUUGGGAUAUCGAGGUUGGUUCCACCAACAAUUGGACAAUCGGUGUGGCUGCUCAGUCAGUGUCCAGAAAGGCAGAGUUUGAGGUCUGUCCAGAGGCAGGACUCUGGUGCAUCAGCCUGCGAGAAGGCGAGUACCAAGCCCUGACCGCUCCCGCUCAGACACUAAACUCACACCAGCUCAGCAGGGUCCGUGUGAGGCUGGACUGGGAUGAAGGGACCCUUGAUUUCAUGAACGCUGAUUCUGAAACACAUCUUUUCACGUUUAAACAUUGCUUUACCGAAAAGAUGUACCCAUUCUUUGAGAGCACUACGUCGUGUGGGGGCUUUGCUGUGUUGGCAAAGAGAGUGAACAUCAGCGUGGAGGCAGAUUAUGUACCCGUGGAGGACCCCGCUAUCACUGAGGAGGAUCAAGUAAUGAAAAGUGAAUCUUGCACUGAGGGAGAUAUUAAUGCUUCGUCAGCCAAAACCAACAGCAAGAUAUCAGACUGCGGACGUCUGACAGAAGACCAAAAAAUGCCGAUUUGUUCUAUAAGAGAGGAGGAGAAAACAAUACCUCAGAGAUGCACCACGAAGGACGAGCUCAUUAAAACAAAAUCCGCUGAAAAGGAAACGACAAAAGACAACAAAACUGCUGCCAAAAAACAGAACAGGAAGCCAAGGCUCAAUGUGACCUACCAUGUUUCACUGAACAGAGCUCAUCAACAAUGAACGUGAAUAUGACAAACAAAUCAUAAUGUUGUGUUUAGUCCUAUGAGCAAAUACUUGGCACACUAACACACUGAACUCAGAUGGGGAACAUGGUGACGUUUAGCUUAAAGCACUGAAAACGUAGCCUACAGCCGUUAGAGAUUUGUUGUGUGCUUAUCAGUAUUUAAAUCCUCUGGAAUUGUAUUAUAUCCCAACAACAAAGGCUAAUAACGUUAGUUUUACUUGAAAUUGAAAGCUGAGUUUCAGCUCCAUUUGUUCUGUUUUGUUUCUUUUCUUUAGAUGUUGUAUGUAAAACUCUUCAUAUUGUCUUUUGUUCAAAUUCAAUGCAAGAAAAAGAUGAAUUCAAUUCGUUAAAUAAUAUAAAUUUUAUUUCAUUGCAAAA